UGUAGAAAAAUCAACCCUUUCAAAAAAAGAAGUAGAAAAAUCAACACGGCCAAGGUGGAAUCAUUCGUAGAGGAUUCGCCUAUAUAACACACUGACGAUGCGUUGCCACACGAAUGGAACAGCUUAGGAUAUUCCUAGUCGAGCGCACAAUGGCGUCUCCCCCAUCUUCCACCGUGAUCCAGAUGCCUCCAACACCACACAACAACGGCGAACCGACGCUGGCCCCGGCCACGCCAAAGGACGCCGGUGACGUGCCGACCACGGCGCCCGCAGCAGCUGCCGGACCAGCACCCACGGCGACGGACAAGGUGAUGUCGAGUGCGGCGAACCUCGCGCAGCUCCUGCCGACGGGCACAGUGCUGGCGUACCAGGCGCUGUCCCCGUCUUUCACCAACCACGGCAAGUGCUUCUCCUCCAACCAGUGGCUCACCGCAGCGCUGGUCAUCGUCCUCGCCGUCCUGUGCGUCCUCUUCUCCUUUACCGACAGCGUCCUCGGCCGCGACAAAAAGCUCUACUAUGGCAUCGCCACGCUGCGAGGUUUCAACGUCUUCAACUUCUCGGACGAAGAGGAGAAGCUGCAAUGGACUCCCGCCGAGUUCCGGAGGCUCCGCAUCCGGCCGCUGGACUUCGUGCGCGCCGUCUUCACGGCCCUGGUGUUCCUCACCGUGGCCUUCAGCGACGUGGGGCUGCAGAACUGCUUCUUCCCCAACACUGGCAUGAACACCCAGGAGCUUUUCAAGAACCUGCCUCUGGGCAUCGCGUUUCUGUCCAGUUUUGUGUUCAUGAUCUUCCCCACAAAACGGAAGGGCAUCGGCUACAGCGACACCACUCCUCGACAAAAGCUCACUUGAUGUUAAUAUCAGUUGUUUCUGAACAGUUAGAUAGAUUAAGAGUAUACCGUAAAUCGACGUAUAUAGUUACUGUAACUUUGUUGUUUAGAUCACUUGUUUUUUAAGUUAAAAUGUAGUGUAAUCAGGGUAUAGGAGUAGUAUGACUUAUUACAUUUUUUGGGGGAAAUACUUGUGUAUUGUUUAAUUUAUUCAUGCAAAAUUUAAUGAAACCAUUUGUGUGGGCAGAUGCCCUUGUUCGGUGCAGUUGUAAUGUUUAUCUUUUAUUUAGAGAGAAAAGGCAUGUAUAUAUGUACCUUCUUGUAUGAUAAAAAGAAUAAUUGAUGAACUUUCCUGAAAGUCUACCUAAACUCCUAAAUACUGAAGCCUGAAGUAUUUGAAUUUACCAAAAUCAUACCAAAUUUGCGGGGAAGGCGGGUGCUCUGCCCAUUUCAACAUAGGGACAUAGAAAAAAGGAGUAGAAAAGGUUACAUGGAAACAGUAAAAAAAGAUAAGAGAAAAGGAAAA